AUGAUGGAAAAAAAUCCUUGUGAAGACCCACGACACAAAGCUAUUUUACCACCAUCGUUGAACUGUUCAAACUUUACGCUUCCGACAACUCUCAUUGUCGGUCCUCAGAAAACCGGCACUACGGCUCUUGCAACGUUUUUGUCAAUGCAUCCCAACGUAUCAACAAAUGAGCCGAUUCCGGAGUCUUUCGAGGAGCUUCAGUUUUUGGUGGUAUUCGAAGAGGUUCAACACUGCUCACGUUGUAUUGAUAAGAGUGCAACAUAUUUUGAUAAUCCUUCCGCUGCAAAGCAAGCGUUUGCUCUUAUUCCUAAUGCAAAGAUUGUUGUCAUUUUAUAUGAUCCGCAGAAGAGCUUACUCGUGCAUAUGUUGGCUCACAAUGACACAACGGUUGCUGCUGCAGGCAGUAUGGAAAAAGUGCUGGAUGCUUCAACUCAACAGUUGAGAAAAGUGAGGCAGCGAUGUCUGUCAGGAGGACGUUAUACACAUCAUCUUGAUCGAUGGUUGGAACUUUACCCUCUGUCAAAUCUGAUCCUCAUGGUGAAAGGUUACGCGAAGAACCAGCCA